UCAGCCAAUUGCGUUGCGAGUCGUGGUGCAGUUGCAGUACUUGGAAACUUUAGCGCUGUCACAGCGUUCAGAAAAACGGGAAAAACGAUCAGCUGUUCUGCGGUUGAUGUAACUUUGGGACAGAAAGCAGUAGCGGGUCUGAUCACAGGCAUGGCAUCAGCUCAGUCAGUGUUCACAGUGGUUGUGAGCAUUCUUUUCAUUACAGAGCUGAUUCUGGCCGAGAAAGACUACUACGAGAUCCUGGGUGUACCUAAAGAUGCAUCUGACCGGCAGAUCAAAAAAGCUUUCCAUAAAUUAGCCAUGAGGUAUCACCCUGAUAAAAACAAAAGCCCUGACGCAGAGGCAAAGUUCAGAGAGAUCGCCGAGGCAUAUGAAACAUUAUCAGAUGACAAUCGGAGAAAGGAGUACGAUCAGAUGAGGAGCAGUCCGUUCUCCAGAGAGAGUCCGAGAGGAGGCAGUGACCACUUCCAUCAACAUUUUAGCUUCAACUUCGAUGAUAUAUUCAGAGACUCAGACAUGUUUGGAAACAAUCCUCAUUUGCAUAAUAAAAGACAUUUCGAGAGCCCCUUUCAGGCCCACGAAGGAGCACGUCACAGGCACAGGAAGCACUUCCAGCACUCUUCCGGUGGUGGCCUAUUUGAUGAUAUGUUUGAGGAUAUGGAGAGGAUGUUCUUCUUUAAUGGACACCAGACUCAGACUAAGAGCAGGUUUCACGGUUCCAGCAGGCAGCACUGUAGGACUGUCACACAGCAGAGGGGGAACAUUGUCACAACAUACACCGACUGCUCUUGAGUUAAUGUGCACACGGGAAUGUCUUUUGGUUGUGUUGACUGAAACUGUAAUUAAUUUUGUUGUGCUUUUUUGUGUUUUGGAUCAGUUCUGAUGACCCCCUAUAAAAUCGUCUGCAAGAAUCAAAAAUUUUUUGGGCAUAACAUCCUCAGUUUAGGGAUCAUAAGUCUGACUUUAUACAAAAUUUACCUUCUAUAACAUUAAUAAUGUUAUUAAAAGUAAACAUUAACACUUAUUGACUGUGAACACGAUGACCUCAUAUGGCAAAAAAAAUAUGUUUUCAGAUAUAUUUUAAAUAUAUUUCAAAAUGAAAAUCAUGUUAUAGUUGACCAUAUUAUAUAUUUUGAGUCUAAACUUAUUUACUUAUGUUGUUAAAAAAAAUAAACAUUUUGCAUUUAAUCAAAAUGCAUAUUAAAAUAAUACAUUUAUUUUACUUGAAGUACAUUUUGUACUACGGUUUGGCAUUUUUAAGGUUUGAAUUCAUUUGAAAAAUAUACUUCCUUAUGCCUGUAAAUUUGGCCAAAACCAAAAAGAAUAUAUAGUCAAUAUAGUGGGGUUAAAACACCACUUUAAUUGUUGAUUAUUUAUAAUCUCUUAUUUAGCUAUCUUUUUAUUUGUUAUGAAGUCAAGAUUUAGGGUCCUUAAAAGCAUUUUUAGUUUUUAGGGUAAAGUGCUUCCACAUUUGUUUACAUCCGAUGCCUUUAAAACACAAAAUUGC